AUGGGCAAACCCGAGUUUCAUAGCGCGUUUACAGCUUCUAAUCUAGACCCGUUUGGGACAACGAAUAGCGACACGAGGGAGACCUUUGACCCGAAACUGUUGCUCUCGCUCUAUGUUUUUGAUAUUCUGGGCUCCGUUGCAUUUGGCAGACAUUUGGUGCUCAAGAGAGAGGCUAUGAGGAAACCCUAUACCGGGUCCACGUUGACAGAGCAGGAGAUCAACUCUGAAGCCUUCGUAGUUCUCGCUUCCGGAUUGCACUCGACUUCAGGGACUCUGACUCUCCUCUUCUGGCAUCUUGUCCAUAAUCCGGAUAUCCUAGCCGCCGUGGUAGACGAGAUUGAGUCUACUCUGCCUCCCCUUUCCGAUGAUCAAAUAGCCUAUCCUAUACAAGGUCUUGAAUCGUCGUUGAUUUAUUUAAUGGCCUGCGUUCGAGAGAACUUUCGGAUAAGCCCAGUGCUCACCAUGCCCCUGUGGCGUCGUGUUGGCCGUCCUGAUGGUCUUGAAGUAAAAGACUACUACGCCCCAGAUGGGAUCGGUUUCUCAUCCUAGUACCCAAAAUAACCAUCUAGCAACCACAGACAAACAUUUACAUAUCAAACCACAUUCUACACUAUAACCCCGCCAUCUGGGGCAACAUUCACAGCAAAUCUAACCAUUCCGCUGGCUCGACGAGAAACAAAGCAAAGAACUAUCCCGCUAUCUAAUUCCCUUCAGUAUCGGCCAUCGCAUGUGUAUCGGCCGCAACUUCCCUAUGACAAAUAUCCUCAAGACCGUCACGAAGACUUUGCUUCGGGAAUUUGACACCAAACCGGUGAAAAAAGCGGCAAACGGUAAGGGUGCGUAGUCCUGGGAUCGGGGAGAUGGACGGGGAGUUUCUGUGUAUGGUUUCACUACGAG